GACCUGCCUAUUCCGGAGAGCCUUGGGGGGAGGCGCCGCGGUGGGGCGGGGCGGGGAGGAGCGGGCCCAGGGAGACACUCAGGGGUGCAGGGGUCCUUCCGGUGCCCUCUGGCCGUCCCUGCCCCUCCUCCCUCCAAGCCCGUGUGCAGGAUGCAGACAUCAGAGCGAGAAGGGAGUGGGCCAGAGGUGAGUCCCAGCACGAUGCCUGAGGCUCUCCCAGAAUCUCCACCUCCCCCUUCCAAGACUGCAGCAGCGUUUGAUCUUUUCAACUUGGUCUUGUCAUAUAAGAGGCUGGAGAUCUACUUGGAACCCUUGAAGGAUGCAGGUGAUGGUGUUCGAUACUUGCUCAGGUGGCAGACACCUAUGUGCUCCCUGCUCACCUGCCUGGGUCUCAACAUCUUGUUCCUCACUUUGAAUGAAGGUGCCUGGUACUCAGUGGGUGCCCUGAUGAUUUCUGUGCCUGCCCUGCUGUGCUACCUUCAGGAGGUUUGCCGGGCACAGCUGCCCGAAUCUGAACUGAUGCGGAGGAAGUAUCACAGUGUGAGGCAAGAGGACCUGCAGAAAGUUCGUCUUUCUCGACCUGAGGCAGUGGCUGAGGUGAAGAGCUUCUUGAUUCAGCUGGAGGCCUUCUUGACUCGCCUAUGCUGCACCUGUGAAGCCGCCUACCGUGUGCUACACUGGGAAAACCCUGUGGUAUCCUCUCAGUUCUAUGGGGCUCUUCUGGGCACAGUUUGUAUGCUGUAUCUGCUGCCUCUCUGCUGGGUCCUUGCCCUUUUAAACAGCACACUGUUUCUGGGGAACGUGGAGUUCUUCCGAGUGGUGUCUGAGUACAGGACAUCUCUGCAGCAGCGGAUAAACCCCAAGCAGCAAGAACGAGUCUUUGAGAGCCCGCCACCACCAGAUGUUGGGGGGAAAGGUGCUUUUCUAGAUAGCACUCCUGCCCCCACUCCCACGGAGGACCUCACGCCGGGCAGUGUGGAGGAGGCUGAGGAGGCUGAACCAGAUGAGUUCAAAGAUGCAAUAGAGGAAGAUGAGGAGGGCGCCCCCUGCCCAGCCGAGGAUGAGCUGUCUCUGCAUGACAAUGGGUUCCUGAGUAAGAACGAGGUGCUGCGCAGCAAGGUGUCCCGGCUCACAGAGCGGCUCCGCAAGCGGUACCCUACCAACAACUUCGGGAACUGUACAGGCUGUUCUGCCACCUUCUCAGUGUUGAAGAAGAGGCGGAGCUGCAGUAACUGCGGGAACAGCUUUUGCUCUCGGUGCUGCUCCUUCAAGGUGCCCAAGUCCUCCAUGGGGGCCACAGCCCCUGAAGCCCAGAGAGAGACUGUGUUUGUGUGUGCCUCGUGCAACCAGACCUUGAGCAAGUGACACAAGAGGCCAGGCUCCAUGAGGCAGCCGUUCUGGGGCCAGCAGUAGAUCCCCACUCUCCCUACCCCCUGGCCCCUGUGGCGUGUGCUGGGCGAGUGUGGCCUGAGUGCUAGGUAGGAUUCCCUGUCAGUCCCCUGCUGUCUCCAGCUCAGCUGGAGCAAUGCUGUGCUCAAACCCUAGGGAGCCCUGGCUGUUUGCCCUGCUCUGUCCUGGGCUGCACUGGCUCAGGGCCAGUCCACCAGAGGGCAGCAGAGAGCCAGGCCUGCUUUCAACUAGGUUCCUAUGGUCAGAGCUAGUCUGGCCAGGCUUGGGGAUUCCAGAAGACCUGAGAUUGGGAAAAGGAGUUCUUUCCUGGGGUUAUUGGGCCAGUCCCUCUGCCUCAGAGAGCCUGCAGAAGUGCUUGCAGCAGCAUGCCCCAGCGCUGCGGUUUGAAUGUCCUUCCUCCAGGUACCAGCAUCUGACUAGUUUCCCAGUAGUGAAUGUGGCCAGGCCUGACAAGACCAGUAGCCUUCUAGCAUGGUUGACAUUUCCAGGCUCCCAGGGGGAGUAGUACAGGGGGGUAGUGGAGACCUUCAGUGUUAGGUGUUCACAGCGUCACAAAGCCCCACCCAGCAGAGACCUUGGCUUAUAAACCUCAGCUCACUUCAUGCUGUGAUGUCCUCAGCCCUGCUGGGGUGGCUGUAGGCUGCUUAGAUCACUCCUGUUCCUCCUGGCCCGAGUCUAAGGCACCCCUUCCCUGGCUCAGUACCCCAUCUCCCUUCCCCAGUCCUUGUCCCAUGGAAUGGGAGGCCUGGUGAGCAGAGUGGAGGUCCCGAAACCCUUGACUUUUGAGGUCCUGGGAAGUGUGGGAUCUUGCUGAGCCUGGUCCUGGAUUCCUCGGCCAUGUGCUGGAGGGCAGGCUCAGUUAUGGGAUAGGGCCUCAUGGCCAAUUUUCUGUUCCCUUGGUCUCUGGGGUCCAUUAUCUCUGCCUAAGCCCGGAGCUGGCUCUGACCUCUCUCUCUUGCCCCCAGCUGCCCUGCCUUUUCAAUGUAUUUAUUUAUUUAUUUUAUGGUUCCUGGGAACAUGCAGCGCAAGGAGGGGUGAGGAGGAAAAGUGGCUCCUCCUGCCUGGACUCUGCCUGGCAUCCUGGGCUGAGGCCCACGUCCAUGGUGGUGGGGAAGGGGAGGGCCAGCCUUCCCACUGGGCCACACAUGAGGUGAAGUGUGGACCUGGCAACCAGGUACCGGUCUGUGGGGAACCAGGCAGGCUUGGUGUCCCCUUUGUCCUGGUGGGAGAUGAGAGUUAAAUGCUCUGUGCUUGUUUACAUUGGAGAGCCAUGGAAAGGAUCUGUACGUGGAGAAUUGUCAAUAAAAGGCCUCAGGCUUC